AUGAUCUAUAUAUACCGGGGUGUAGCAUUUGUCAUCACGUUGUUCAGUCCAGACAAUUCCAUCAACUACACCAAUAUGAACGGUUUGAUCAUUGCUCUCUUCGCCACCUUGGCAGUAUCCUGUGCUUCUCCAAGCGGCCUGGGACUAGGCCUUGGAUUGGGCGUAGUAGGACCAAGAGCAGUUAUCGUCCCACCUAGUUCCGCCACCAUCAUCAGCAGACCACUAGGAUUAGGAUUAGGAUUAGGACUUGGUCCUGUCGUCGGUCCUUGGGGUGUUGGUCCAGUUGUUGGUCCACUUGGCGUUCCUCUCGCUGGUCCACUUGUUGCCCCUCUCGCUGCUCCACUUGUUGCCCCAGCUGGUGCUGUUGCUAUUACCAACGGAGGAGGUGUUGUUGAAGCUAGUGCUCACGGAGCUGUAGUAGCCGGUCCCAAAACAGCCCCAGUCAUCAUCGAUGGUCCCUCUGGCACAGUUAAAGCUAGCGGUCUCUGGGGCCCAACUUUGGCUGGAGUACUCCACUAGAAUACCGUUAUAUCAAGACUAGUACUGAACCGAAUGAAACUGCCUCAACACUUUUUAGAAUAGUUAAUUAUAAAAUUUAAAAAUCUGCAAUAAAAAUAAUUAUUGUGUUUA